AUGAGGAAACCCGUUCGCGUGUCACGCGUGGUGCAGAGGCUGCACCGCUCACGCUACGGGCCCUUUGCACUUCAUACUCUUUCAGAAGGCCUUAAUCCCAGUGCUGCAGAUCGUGAGGAGCAUGUUAUAACAAAUCCGGCUACAGGCGCGGAUAUUUGCACUGUGGUCAUGGCGAAUCGAGAGGACGUUCAAACGGCCAUAUUCCAUGCUCACGAAGUGUUCAAGUCGGGAGUGUGGUCUAAAAUCCCCGCUAUCCAUCGCGCAGCGGUGAUGUCGAAUCUAGCAAGGGAACUGCAGGAAAGCAUUAAACACUUCGCUAAACUCGAGUCUCUACAAACCGGUCGGACCAUCCGUGAAAUGACCGCUCAGCUGGAACGUCUCCCUGAAUGGCUUGACUAUUAUGCAGCCCUCCUUCGCACGCACCAGGACUUCAUUGCUCCCACGCAGGGUAAACUACUAAACUAUGUGCAGCGAGUCCCUCUUGGAGUGGUUGCUCAAAUUACACCGUUCAACCACCCACUUCUGAUUGCGAUCAAGAAGAUUGCACCCGCCCUCGCUGCAGGAAAUUCAAUUGUUGUCAAGCCCAGUGAGCUCGCCCCUAUCUCUGUUAUAGAGUUUGCAGAAAUGGCUGCUGCCGCUGGAGUUCCCCCUGGUGUUUUGACAGUUCUGCCAGGAUAUGGAAGGAAGAUUGGCACUGAAUUAGUUUCGAAUCCACUGGUCAGGAAAGUCGAUAUAACUGCGGGUACCCAGACAGGUCGUGCAUUGGGGAGUAUGGUCGGCGCAAAUCUCGCAUCAUUUACUGCCGAGCUGGGCGGAAAGGCGAGUGCCGCACCUAUCAUCGUAUUUAACGAUGCAGAUAUUCAGUCCGCUGCUAAUGGCGCUGCAUUUGCUUGCUUUGUGGCUUCUGGUCAGACUUGUGUCUCCGGAACACGUCUAUUGGUGCAGGAUGAAAUCUAUGACAGUUUCAUGGAACACUUCAUGGAGAAGGUUCGCAGUGUCACAUUGCGCAUGGGGGAUCCUUUGAACCCGGCAUCAACCAUGGGGACAAUUAUUAGCCAUCGCCAGUUGGAGCGAAUCGAGAAGCUUGUGCAAAGAAAGCAUGGCGGGAAGACCCUUAUCGGUGGCCGACGCAUGUCUGGUGUUUCGCCUCUAGAUGGGUUUGAUUAUUCUGCGGGAUGCUUCUUCCCUCCCACCGUCCUCACGGAUAUCUCAACUGAAGACGACUUGUGGAGGGAGGAGGUGUUUGGACCGGUUGUUGUGGUGAAGCGAUUCUCUGAUGAAGAGGAGGGGGUUGAUCUCGCAAAUGCAUGCAAGUACGGCCUCGGUGCUGGGAUCUGGACGUCGGAUGUAUCCAGGGCCCAUCGGGUGGCCUCUCAGGUUGAAGCAGGGCUUGUCUGGGUCAACACCCAUCACCGCAAUGAUCCUAGCUCACCCUGGGGCGGGAUGAAGGAAAGCGGAAUUGGACGAGAAAAUGGCGUUGAAGCAUAUAUGUCAUACACUCAGAGCAAGUCAACCAUUGUCAACGUCGCUUCGGCAGAGGAGACGAGGGAGGUUCAGGAUUGGUUCGCCGAAGGAGAUGGUUCUGGCAAGCGAUACGGAUGA